CCGGAAGCGGAGGGUGGUGCGGCUGAUCGCGGCGCCUGGGAGUUGUCUGGGAGCGCGCCCGCGUGGUGCAGGCUUCAGCAUGGGCCUCCUGAGCGGGGCUGCUCGCAUCCUGGUGCGGGGCGCCGACCGCAUGAGCAGAUGGACCAGCAAGCGGGGCCCGCGCACCUUCUACAAGAGCCGCGGCGCCAAGGGCACCGGCGUCCACGGCCGCGACGGGAAGUUUGUGCAGAUCAAGGAGAUGGUCCCGGAGCUGGUGGUGCCCGAGCUGGCCGGCUUCAGGCUCAAGCCCUACGUGAACUACCGCGCCCAGGCGGGCGCAGACACGCCCCUGACGGCCGAACAGCUGUUCCGGGAGGCGGUAGCACCUGCCAUCGAGAAGGACUUCCGGGACGGCACUUUCGACCCGGAGCAGCUGGGAAAGUACGGCUUCGAGCCCACCCAGGAAGGCAAGCUCUUCCAGCUGUACCCCAAGAACUUCCCGCGCUAGGAGCGGCGGAGUGCUGGCCGCUGGGUGUGCCUGCGAGCCUGCGGACUGCGCCCGUCCGUCCUCCCCGGCCGCCACACGGGGUCGGCUUUGGCAUCUGGUCAUUGGGAGAUGAAAGGACCUAUAGGCAGAAUCCUAGAGACCCCACUCCCAGUGAAACUGGAAGCCGUCGUCUCCCCACCGCAAGGUUUUGGGGCAAGAACACAUGGCUUAGCUUGUAAAAGGAAGAGAAUUCACAAGGCACAUCGCGCCACGUGACAGCACUGGUUAAUUUAUCG